GAAAAAGAAGUGUUUCCGGGUGGCAGGUGGAUGUUUUGGUGUGGGUCAGGUUGAUUAGGUCGUUACAGGUUCUCCAUUAAACUGUGUCUUCUGUCCGCGCACACUUUGAUGCGCUCCCCUGAGCUCUGCUAGCCAGAUAUCAGUGUCGCCCCCCUCACUCGCUCCGACCCUGACAUGGCCUCCAGGCGGCCGGACAGCUUCGACGGGCUCGGGUACCGUGGCCGGGAUGACCCGCUGUACGGAGCGGGCUACCCGGUUCGGAGCGCAGGAGCACCCGCCGAACCGCAGCUCCACCACUGGGUCACCACGCCGCCGGACAUCCCCGGCAGCCGCAACCUGCAUCCCGGAGAGCGGACACCUCUGUUCGAUGACGCCCCGGGAGAGAUCGCAGGUUCUGCAAGCGGCUGGGAAGCUCCAAAUCCCGGCAUGCCCCCCGCUGAGCAGCUGAACCGAUUCGCCGGCUUCAGUGUUGGAUUCGUCAGUCUGUUCACAGAGAACGUCCUCUCUCACCCCUGCAUCGUGUUCCGCAGACAGUGCCAGGUGAACUACCACGCCCGGUGUUAUCACCUGACUCCAUUCACCGCUGUCGCUGUCAUGUACAGCAUCACCAAAGCUCAGGGUGUGAAGGCUCUGUGGAAGGGGAUGGGCAGCACAUUCAUCGUUCAUGGUGUUACGCUCGGAGCCGAGGGCAUCAUCAGCGAGUUCACGCCACUGCCACGGGAGCUUCCUCACAGGUGCAGCUGGAAACAGGUGGCUGGACAUUUUCUGCUUAAAGGAUUAACGGCAGUCGUCGCUCUUCCAUUUUACUGUGCCAGCCUCAUCGAGACCGUGCAGAGCGAGAUUGUGCGGGAUGAGUCGUCCUCUGGCCUGCUGGACUGCGUCCGUGAGGGUGUCGCUCGACUGCUGGGUGUCGGCGCACCUCACAGUCGUCGCCUGCUUCCCCUCAGAUGCCUGCUGCUUCCCGCUGCGCUGCAUGCCAUCCUGCGCUAUGCCGUGGCCACCUCCAUCCAGCGGGUGGUGCUGUGGCUGCACCAGCGUAGCAAGAAGCAGCGGGCAGAACCAUCCAAUCCACUGGAUGCCUACUUCCCCGAGCUGGCAGCAUCUUGGGCGGGGUCUCUGGUGGCUGACGUGGUGUUGUUUCCUCUUGAGACGGUGCUACAUCGCCUGGCUCUGCAGGGUACGCGCACCAUCAUCGAUGCCACCGAUGGAGUGGUCGCGGUGGGAAAUGGCGGGAGCCCGCUGGUAGUGCCUGUAAACACGCAGUAUGAUGGCUUCUCCGACUGCCUGCAUGCCAUCAGCCGCAAGGAAGGCGGGGCUGGCUUCUACCGAGGCUUCGGCGUGCUGGUGGCCCAGUAUGCUUUGCACGGAGCGCUGCUGGCCGCCGCCAGGACGCUGAUGAGGGUGCUGCUGCUGGAUGCCAAGGCCAGCUAGGUUGUUACUACAGAGACUGUUGUCAUGACAACAGGACAUUUCUCAUCUUGUAAAUGAGACAAAAAAGACCUGCUCAUGUGACGACAUCAGCACUUGAGUCCUGUUACCUAGCAACCACUAAGAGUCACCAGAUUGUGUCACCUCCUCCCCAAUGAUGUCACUUCCUGCUUAUGUUUGGACAAACAGUGGUGGCAGUUGUUUGCCUUCACGUAAGCUGAGCAUCACUUCCUGUGUUUUUGUUCAGCUCUGACAGCUGAUUGGUCACCCACUACUGAUAUACAGACAAACAUGUAAACAGAUGUUUUUGUAUAAAGUUGUAAAAAAUAAAAAAAGUUCAAUGUAGAUUUAGACUAAAUUAUUUCUGAUCGAUUCAUCUCUAAAUCGAUACUUGGAUGAGAUGAGAUGAGCCUGGCUUUUCAAAAUAAGUGUCUGUUUAAGCUGGUGUAAGGUGUAAUGGCGUCUGUAAAUGUUUAAAUGUGAAAUAAAUCAAUGUUAAUUUGA